GGGGGUCCCCACUAUCGGGGGUGCGGGGCUGCUCGGGGGGCUCGGGGGGCGUUUCUGGCCGCGUGUCCCCUGUCCCGUGUCUGGGGCAGCGAAGCGGUUAACGGGGGGUGGCGGAGGUGGGGUCCCACCCCCGGGGCCGGCCCGGGGGGGCCUUAUAAAGGUGGGCACGGGCGGCCCCCGGGGAGGGGAGCGGGGCCGUGGAGGGCAGCGGGGCCAGGCCAUGCGGGAGCUGCGCUCGUCCGCCUUCUGGAGGGCCGUCCUGGCCGAGUUCCUGGGCAGCCUCCUCUAUGCCCUGCUGGGGCUGGGGGCCUCCCUGCGCUGGGCCCCGGGCCCCCCCAGCGUCGUGGGGGCCGCCCUGGCCUUCGGGCUGGCCCAGACCACCCUGGUGCAGGCGCUGGGCCAUGUCAGCGGGGGCCACGUCAACCCGGCCAUCACGCUGGCCUUCCUGAUGGCCUCGCAGCUCUCCCUGCCCCGUGCCCUGGGCUACCUGCUGGCCCAGGUGCUGGGCAUGCUGGCCGGCGCCGGGGUGCUCUAUGGGGUGACCCCGGGCCCCGUCCGCGGCACCCUCGGCCUCAGCGCGCUGCACCCCGGCGUGGGCCCGGGCCAGGGCACGGUGGUGGAGCUGCUCCUGACCGCCCAGUUCGUCCUCUGCGUCUUCGCCAGCUUCGACGACCGUCACGACGGGCGCCCGGCCAUGGCCGCCGUGCCCGUCGGCUUCUCCCUCGCCCUCGGCCACCUCUUCGGGAUCCACUACACGGGCGCCAGCAUGAACCCCGCUCGCUCCUUCGCCCCUGCCGUCAUCACCCGCAACUUCGCCAACCACUGGGUAAGUGGGGGGGGACGGGGACCCCCAAACCCGCCCCGGGCCCCCCCAGUCCCUCCCCGCUUGUCCCUGUCCUGCCCCAGCCGCUGCGUCCGGUGUCACCACGGUGACAGCAGCACCCCGGCGUGCUGAGUACCCCCCGGUGUCCCGGGCGGAAAGAAGCGGCCGCCCCCCACUCACCGGGAGACGGAUCCUGCCCCCCCGAUAUCCCGGGGAGGGGCACACGCGACGCCGCUCACCGGGAGACGGGUCCGGUGCCCGGGCGUCAGCGGGGAGGGUGCCGUGCCCCGUGGGGCGGGGGGCCGGGGGUCCCCCGGUGCCGG